CGAAAAAAGAAACAUUAAUCCCCUUCUCGUUCAAGUUCCCGCCCUGCCUUUCGCCUAUUUCAUCCUCAACGAAAUGAUUUAGAACUUAGAACCGUCAUUUCUAAAGGAAGAAUUCAAAACAACGGCAAAAUGUUGCAGUUUCACGAGCAAAUCAUCACUGAUCUUCUGGAGGAUCCUACAGGCGGUCUGGUAGUUAUCUCCACUGGUCUUGGCCUUCAAAAGCUCAUCGCCUCCCUCCUUACCCGCCAUGACCCUUCUCAGGGAACACUUCUGAUCCUUUCUGCCACUCCUUCCCAAAAAUCUUCUACACUGUCUUCUCUUGACCGAAACCCUAGUUCCGACGAGGAUGCUAAUAUGCCUUCUGAAAUCACUUCCGACCUCCCUGCUAAUAGUCGUCUCUUUCUUUACAAUUCAGGAAACGCGUUCUUCAUCACUUCAAGAAUUCUCAUCGUUGAUCUCUUAACUUCUCGUCUUCCAGUGACUUCAGUGGCCGGAUUGAUAAUACUCAAUGCUCAUCUGCUAUCUGAAACUUCUACAGAGGCUUUUAUCGUGCGUAUCUUGCGGUCCUCAAAUAAGUCGUUAUAUAUUCGAGCAUUUUCGGACAAGCCGAAUGCUAUGGUUUCUGGGUUUGCGAAGGUGGAACGGACAUUGAAGUGUUUGUAUUUGAGAAAACUGCAUCUGUGGCCUCGAUUUCAUGUGUAUGUGUCGCAGGACUUGGAGAGGGAUCCACCGGAGGUGGUAGACCUUAGGGUUCCUAUGACGGCAAACAUGAGGGGAAUCCAGAAGGCGGUCAUUGAGGUGAUGGAUGCUUGUUUGAAGGAGAUGAGGAGGACUAACAAGGUUGAUGUUGAAGAUUUGACUGUAGAAAACGGGUUGUUUAAGUCUUUUGACGAAAUUGUGAGGAGGCAGCUUGAUCCCAUUUGGCAUACAUUGGGAAAGAAGACGAAGCAACUUGUCUCAGAUUUGAGAACACUGAGGAAACUGUUAGAUUAUCUUGUUAGGUAUGAUGCUGUGACUUAUUUGAAGUUCUUGGAUUCGCUGAGGGUGUCAGAGAAUUUUCGAUCUGUUUGGAUAUUUGCAGAAUCAAGUUAUAAGAUAUUUGAACUAGCAAAAAAACGUGUCUAUCGAUUUGGGAGGUCACAUGGUGGAGAUUUGAGUGCCCAAAAGAAAACUGUGGCAGUCAAAAAGAGAAAACUAAAGGAUAUUGUUAAAGAGAAAAACGAUUCUCCGUCUGAAAACACAAGUUCUGAAGUUGUCUUGGAGGAAGUAUUGGAGGUGCCACCAAAGUGGAAGAUGUUACGUGAGGUCCUUAAAGAGAUAGAAGAGGAAAGACAAAAACAAGUUACAGAUAAAGAGGACAACAACAACGGAAUUGUUUUAGUUGUGUGCAAGGAUGAACGCUCCUGCAUGCAGCUUGAGAAUUUUAUCAUGAAUGGUCCACACAAGGUCAUGCGAGAUGAAUGGGAGAAUUAUUUGCUCAGCAAAGUGGAAGUUCAUGCCUUGCCAAAACAUAACUAUAAAAAAAAAUCAAAAGACCCCAAAGGCUUUGGGAUACUUAAUGGAAUUAUGUCUACAACAUCUGGACAGAAUGCUGAGCCUAGCAGCCUUAACAAACAAGAAAACGAUCUUCUGAUCGCAGCCGCAACAAAGCUAAGGAAACAAAAGGAUGUUUUAGUUGUAGACGAUCCUAUAUCUUCUGAACCAAUCAAAGGAUGUGGGAGAGGAAAGAAGAAAGGAAGUAACAAAAGUGCAAUCAUGGAAAAUCAGAAAACGUCAGCUGCUGGAUCGAGAAACGAGGCUGAUACUGCAGCUGUAGAUAAUGUAGACGAGGGUUUAUCUAAAGGUCUUCCUACUGAUUGUUGCGUUCUCCGGAAGCAUAGUGACGAUUUAACUGCGGACUCCUCAAAAGAUGAAAAGCUGUGUUUACCUAUACACUUUUACGCUAUUGAAAGUGAUCAGCAUAUUCUUGAUGUUUUAAUGCCAUCUGUUAUCAUCGCUUACCAUCCUGACAUGGCAUUUGUUAGGGAAGUUGAAAUCUAUAAAGCUGGAGGUUGUUCAAGUGAUUUAAAAGUUUAUUUUCUCUUCUACGAUGAGUCUACAGAGGUACAAAAAUUUGAAGCCAGUAUACGCAGGGAGAAUGGAGCCUUUGAAUCCUUGAUUAGGCAGAAAUCCAUGAUGACAAUUCCAGUUGAUCAGGAUGGAAAAUGUUUAGGGCCAAGUUCAUCUGUUGAGCCAGAGUCCAUACAUUCACAAAAUCUUGUAACCAGAAAAGCAGGCGGAAGAAAAGAAGUUGAGAAAGAAACGCAAGUUAUUGUGGACAUGAGGGAAUUCAUGAGUAGCUUACCAAACGUACUCCACCAGAAGGGAAUGCGGAUUAUACCCGUGACCUUAGAAGUUGGGGAUUAUAUUCUUUCACCUUCAAUAUGUGUUGAGAGAAAGAGUAUCCAGGACCUUUUUGGUAGCUUCUCCUCUGGUCGCCUCUAUCACCAAGUGGAGGCGAUGGUGCGUUAUUAUCGGAUACCUGUUCUUCUUAUAGAGUUUUCCCAAGAUAAAAGCUUCUCAUUUCAGUCUGCAAGUGAUAUUGGCGAUGAUGUGACACCUAAUAACAUUAUAUCCAAAUUGUCACUGCUUGCACUACAUUUUCCUCGACUACGCAUUGUCUGGUCACGUAGCUUGCAUGCAACUGCCGAAAUAUUUAGUUCCUUGAAAGCCAAUCAGGAUGAACCCGACGAAUCCAAGGCAAUUCGAGUUGGAGUCCCUUCGGAAGAGGGUAUUAUAGAAAAUGACGUAAGGGCUGAGAUUUACAACACAUCUGCAAUGGAAUUCUUGAGACGAUUACCGGGUGUUACAGAUUCUAACUAUAGGGUUAUAAUGGAUAACUGCAAUAGCUUGUCAGAACUUUCAAUGCUUCCUGUAGAGAGGCUUGCCGAGCUGAUGGAUGGUUUAAAAGCCGCCAAGACAUUGAGGGAUUUUCUUGAUGCCAAGUACCCGACAUUGCAUUAAGGGGAUGGGACUAUAAGGUAAAAAUUUCUAUAGUUUAUAGAAAGUUUUUUCUUUUCUUUAUAGGAAAUGGUCACGAAAGUUCGAACCCGAACUUUGUGAUUAUGUGAAAGUAAUGUCAAGAUUUAUUGUUUCUUGACUUUUUAGAUGUAUGUGUAUAUUUUUCCUUCAUUAUUUUGUAAUGUUGAUUGAUUAUGUUGAGUAGAAAUUUGAAAGCUUUGUAUAACAUUUGUUGGUGUGAAGGAUUGUAAUAUUUACUGACGGUUGAAAAAGAACUCAUGCCUUUUUUUUUUUUUUUAUACAAAUCUAAUUAUUGACUUUUAGAAAUAUAUUUUACAUGAUUGUAUGAUGUUUUGUAAUCUUACUAUUUUGAUCUAUUUUGU